GAUGUAUCGGGUUGACUUUCCGCCAGAGAUGACAUCUGUGAUGUGGACUCGGUUUGUCCCUGGUGUGUCUUUCAGUGUCGUGAUAGGUGCCCUCAGCAGACUUGGUGGUGGUGCUCCUACGGUCGGUCCUGGUUACAUGCAGUGGCUCUACCGAUUUUCUCAUCCACGUGUUUCUCCAGUUGCGUCAUCACAUGAGAGUCGCACACUGCCAGAGAGAACUAACACGGAUUACUGGAUGGGUCGGUCUAUGGAGGUCAUCAAUAGGACACUGAAGGAGUAUCCGAGCCUAUCGCGUGAUACAAGAGCAAUGGCUGAGGCGCUACGAGCUGAUUGGAGGGCGAUGAUGGGGUUGUGAACUUGCUGUUUUUUAUUUUUAUUUGACUUGUACGCAUUUCGUUUAUGUACUAUUUAUUCGUCAUGUACUUUAAAGAUUGAAUAACUGUUUUUGUGGUUUUGUUGAAAUUUUGUUUAAUUAAGUUAAAUUCAUUGCAAAUUACAUAACUACAACUGUUUAACAUAAAUGAAAGUACAACAAUAUGUUCACUAUCUAAUUAAGGCAUCCCACAUGUUCCUUCAAGCUGCGUAA